CUCGUACGCACAACAUGGAUAUUCCCUUAAAACUUUUACUACUCUGCUUGACGCUUUCCGUGGCUGCCACAUGCACAUCGGCCAACGAGCAACCGGCGCGCAUUGUUUGCUACUUCAGUAACUGGGCUGUGUAUCGCCCCGGAUUAGGGCGUUAUGGACUCGAGGAUGUGCCAGCAGACUUGUGCACACAUCUCGUCUACUCAUUUAUUGGCCUGAACGAUAAGAGUUGGGAUGUGUUGGUAAUCGAUCCCGAAUUGGAUGUAGAACAAAAUGGAUUCCAAAAAUUCACCCAGAUGCGGCAGAAGCAUCCGAACCUUAAGCUGCAAGUGGCUGUAGGUGGCUGGGCUGAAGGUGGUUCGAAGUACUCUCAAAUGGUAGCGGUACGUGAACGACGACUGAGUUUCAUACGCAGUGUUGUGCAGUUCAUGAAGGAUUACAAUUUUGAUGGUUUCGACUUGGAUUGGGAGUACCCGGGCGCUACAGAUCGUGGCGGCACUUUUGGCGAUAAGGACAAGUUUUUGUAUUUCGUGCAGGAGUUGCGACGCGCUUUUGAUCGAGAGGGACGCGGCUGGGAAAUAACGAUGGCUGUACCUGUCGCAAAGUUCAGACUUCAGGAGGGCUACCAUGUACCCGAGUUGUGCGAGUUACUGGAUGCCAUACACGCAAUGACCUAUGAUCUGCGCGGUAACUGGGCCGGUUUUGCGGAUGUGCAUAGUCCACUCUAUAAGCGCAAGCACGAUCAGUGGGCGUAUGAGAAAUUGAAUGUGAAUGACGGUCUUGCACUUUGGGAGGAAAUGGGAUGCCCCGCAAAUAAGUUAGUUGUAGGUGUGCCAUUCUACGGACGUACUUUCACACUCAGCAACUCCAACAAGAACUACAACAUGGGCACCUACAUCAACAAGGAGGCAGGUGGUGGCGCACCAGGUCCUUAUACGAAUGCCAGUGGCUUCCUCGCCUAUUAUGAAAUCUGUACCGAGGUACAGGAUGCAUCCAAGGGAUGGACCGUUCAAUGGGACGAUCAAGGCAUGGUGCCCUUCACCUACAAAGAUACGCAGUGGGUGGGCUAUGAGAACGAGCAAUCGGUGCAAAUUAAAAUGGACUUCAUCAAGCAAAAGGGUUAUGCGGGGGCUAUGACUUGGGCUAUUGACAUGGACGACUUCCAUGGAUUGUGUGGACGAGAGAACGCAUUGAUGCAAACACUCUAUGACAACAUGCACGAUUACAUGGUACCCGAGCCUACGCGUGAAACAACACCACGGCCCGAAUGGGCAAAACCACCAGCGACGCCGCCGAAUCCCGAUGAGGCCAGUUUCGUGUCACAAGAUGUCACCACAAAGAGGCCGAAACCGAGUACAACAACAACAACAACAACUAAGCGGCCACUAGAUCAAACAACAACGACCAAGAAACCUUCUAAGGGCUCCAAGAAACCCAAACCGAGACCAAAACCAAGACCGACAACUUCAACUACAACGACAACCGAAGCACCAACAAUGAACCAGGAACCUGGAGGAUUGGAAAUUUUGGAACCUCACCCUGAGCUGGUAGAGCUAACAGGCGAAGCUAAUAAGCCCGAUAUCGACUGCGUAAACAAGGACUUUAUACCGCAUGCGAAUUGCCAAAAGUAUUAUCGCUGCGUGCAUGGCGAGCCGGUGGAGUUCGAGUGCAAGGAGGGCACAGCUUUCCACACGAUUUUGAACGUCUGCGAUUGGGUUGAGAACAGUGACCGUUACUACUGCACCAAAACGAAGAAAAAGGCCUUGGCUAAUGAGACGAAGUGACUUUUUAUUAAAUUUUUUAUUUAAUCGAAAAUAAUUCAACACAUCUAAAUAAGUAUUUACAUACAUAGCACGUUAAUAAAGGUUAGAAUGUAAG